CUGGCUGCAGAAAAAGUUUUUCACCCGGAUUCCUCCUCAUAUUUAUCCUCCAUCAUGGAGGCUCUCGGGGGAUACCCCACCAAAUCGUCUGCUUCUAGAUCAGGACUAAUCAAGGUAUUGCUUAGUGUGGCCGUGUGCAUGGGCUCACUGUACCUUCUGCAGAGUAAACUGUCAAAGUCGCGAAAAGCCAAUGACUUUUACUCGUAUGAAGUGAAGGACGCGAGAGGCAGGGCAGUCUCACUUGAGAAGUAUCGGGGGAAAGUCUCUCUGGUUGUAAACGUGGCGAGUGGAAGCGAGUUAACGGAGCAGAAUUACCGGGCUCUGCAGGAGCUUCACCGAGAGCUCGGCACGUCACAUUUUAACGUGCUCGCCUUCCCCUGCUCGCAAUACGGUGACACCGAGUCAGGUACCAGCCGAGAAAUCGAGGCUUUUGCCAAAUCCAACUACGGCGUGACAUUCCCCAUCUUCAGCAAGAUCAAAAUUAUGGGGUCUGAGGCGGAGCCCGCUUUCAGAUUCAUCACAGAUUCAGUACAGAGAAUCCCGAAAUGGAACUUCUGGAAGUUUCUGGUGAGUCCCGAGGGCCAGGUGGUGCGGUUCUGGAAGCCGGAGGAGCCCAUAGAUGACAUCCGAAAGGAAGCCACAGCGCUUGUGCGGGAUAUUAUCCUGAAGAAGAGACAGGAACUAUGAUGUGCACAAUCUCUUAGAGACUCAAAGUGAAUCAUUGUGCACGUUUAAGUGCGUAUAGAUCUGCUACGUGUGUUAUUAUGGUAAAUGUGAAUGGCAGAAGAUCAAGUAUCAGUUAAGGCCUGUCUGUGGGCUUGUAUGUGUUUUAAUGUUAGCAAUAAUUCAUAUUUUUGUUAAAGGAAGUAUGAUACUGAAAAACAAAACACCAGCAUCUGUUUUUAUCAGCUUGAUUAUUUAAAGAAUCAACCAUGCAAAUGUUUCAAACUACUUUUCUGGCAUGUGACCUGAAAACCACUGAACAUUUAUCAAGUCCAUAAUUGCAUACGUUGCUCUUUUGGAAUGAACGGAAAGUACUACGGAUUAAUGCAUAUUGAGUUACACUUGCACACGCCGAAUUGAGAUUAGCAUGGGAUCAGAAGUAAUGUUCCUUCAUUAAAGUAUUAUUUCAUCUUGGCCGUUACUUGAUGUUUACUCUUAACACUUCAACAUUUUUCCUGUCAUUGUCUUUGGUUAUGAUUCCUGUUGAAUAAAAGUCAUGAACAAUG